AUGUGUCCAUCAAACACACCCACCUUCGUCAUCCCUUCAGUCUCCUCCCUCCUCCGACCAACUCCAGCGCCGACCAUCUCCUCCUAUCGCCAACCACCACCUCCCUUCUUCGCCCUUGCACAACACCGCCGACCACAUUGUCGACCUCGCACACAUCCUCUCCAGUCUCCCAUCUCCGGACGUCGCCACCCUUUACACCUACGACACCAUCGUCUCACAGCAGAGCUUGAUGCUUCUUUAAAUGUUCCUCAUAACACAAGGAAAAUGGAUCUAAGGAGAAGAUUCGCAAAAUAUGGGGACAUAACGGAUGUAUAUAUGGGAACAACAAAGAGAUGGAAUGGGCAGAAUUUUGCUUUCGUUCGCUUCAGAGGAGUUAGAGACAUCACUGGGUUAGAGAAGAAGCUCAACGGUAUCACAUACAACGGGAAGAAAUUAAUGGUGAAUGUAUCCACUCAACUCAGGAAGAUGGAUCCACAGUUGAUAAAUAGACAUCAGAAUAAACAACCAAUGAGAGUCGACCCUAAACUUGGUGUGAGAGAUCAACGCUCCUACGCAGACGUAAUCAGACCUAACCCCCCUGCACCGGCAUCUGCAACGGAGCCCCCAAUUCUUCUCAAACAGGCGCCUGAGAUGUGCUCAUGGCUUAGAAAAACUAAACUCAUUGCUGAAGCCAUCUCCCUCUCGCAUUUGGGGCAUCUCCCCAAACUCCUUCUGCCCAAAGAAGAGCAGGCUCUUGAAAUCAAGAACAUCGGAGGGCUGAAGCAAAAUUUUGAUCGAGUGGCUUGGGUGAGAUUAGUGGGGCUUCCACUGAAACUCUGGGGAGAAAAGAAUUUUGAAGACAUCUGCCGGAAGUUUGGGAAGAUAAUUGCCCCAUUUUAUGAGGUAUAUCACAGGGUGGAUCUGUCCUGCGCUAAAGUAGUCAUCAUUACAACAAGGAGAACCAGAAUCAAUGAAGAAGUAGUGGUAGCCACGGAAGAUCAAAUAAUCAAGGUUGGGGUAGUUGAAUUCGAUGAGGACUGGUUUCCAUUCCAUUUUGAUUCUUCGAAAAACUUCUAUGAAGGACAGUAUAGUGACGAUGAAGAGACAAACUCAGAGGAUGAGGAAGGGAUAUCCGAAACAUGGAUGGAAGAUGGGGACGAGGACCCAGAAGAAGGAGAGAUUCUAAAAGAAAACUAG